AUGAGAAUAGUGGGCCUAACGGGAGGCAUAGCGUCUGGGAAGAGUACAGUCUCCAACCUCUUCAAGGCUAGUGGCAUUCCUGUUGUGGAUGCUGAUGUCAUUGCUCGAAAUGUACUGAAGAAAGGAAGCGGUGGAUGGAAAAGAGUAGUUGCAGCUUUUGGGGAGGAGAUUCUUCUUCCUAGUAGAGAAGUGGAUCGGCCAAAGCUUGGUCAGAUGGUCUUCUCUUCCGAUUCCAAACGCCAAAUUCUAAACAAGUUGAUGGCUCCGUACAUAUCAUCUGCUAAGAUGGACAAAUGGAUAAAACCCAUUGUUGUAGUGUGGGUUAGUCAAGAAACACAGCUCAAAAGACUGAUUAAGAGAGAUGGACUGAGUGAGGAAGAUGCAAGAAACAGAGUGAUGACUCAGAUGUCUUUUGAUUUGAAAAGAAACAGAGUGAUGGCUCAGAUGUCUUUUGAUUUGAAAAGAAGCAAAGCUGAUAUUGUGAUUGAUAAUAAUGGCGGUCUCGACGAACUCCACCAACAGUUCGACAAGGUCUUAUCUGAGAUCACAAGACCAUUGACAUGGAUUGAGUUUUGGCGUUCAAGGCAAGGUGCCUUCUCGAUCCUUGGUUUGGUGACUUCUGGACUCUUUGUUUACAAACAGCUCAAUUAG